UGCCAGAAAUUGGUUCGAUAACUCUGUCGGCUAAAACUCUCAUCCCUAAGUGUGCAAAUAUUUUAUUAUUAAAAAAUUGUAAAUUGUAAUUAUUCAAUAAAAAAUGGGUAGUAAAUUAUUUAACAAACUUUUGCUGAUUGCUGGAUUUGCCAGCCUGGCCCAUGCCGCUUUUUCGGCUGCUCACCAUCGCACCUAUUUGAGACUGACGGAGCAGGAAUGGACUAGUUUGCCUUUGGAUAUCAUACUGCAAACUGUCAUCAGCUUGGUGAUAGUUAUUUACAACAUUAUUGAGAUUGUGGGCAACUUCAAGGAGAUCCGGGCCACUGUGGACAUGCAGCAGAAGACAUGGGACACUCUGGGCAACUUUCCGUCGUUUUACUCCUUCAAUCAUCGCGGUCGUGCCUUGAAUCCUGGCUACGCGCCUGAGGAUUAAGAGAGAUAUAAGUUUAAUUGGUUUUUAGUGCUGAUUUUAUUAUAUUUUUAGUGUGAGCCAGUCAUAAGAUAAAUAACGCUAAAGAACAACCAAAA